AUGCUUCUAAAAAAGGAAGUGAAAAACCCAUUUUUCAAUAAUCUCUUUCAUUGUUCUUGUUUGGGAUUGCGAUUGCUAAAGCCUCGCUCUGUUUCUUUUGGUACUGCAAUACCAUACGAAAAAACCAGUUCUUGUUUCACUGAUAGCAAGGAAAACUCGGCGGCUUGUUUCGAUGGGCGCUUUCAAAACAUACUCGGGAAGUUAUCAAAUCAUAAUCUUCUUAAACCGGUGCCUUCAAUAGCUGAUGCGAAUUUAGAUAGCAACGAGAGGCUAGGAUUGUAUUCUGAGGUGCUACGUAGCUGUGCUUUGAAAAGGGGCUUGAAUGAGGGUAAGGCAGUUCAUGGGCAGGUGAUCAAGAAUGGGAUGGACCCGGAUUCCCAUUUUUGGAGAUUGGUGGUGGAAGUGUAUGUGAAAGGUGGGAGUUUGCAAUGUGCACAUCAGGUUCUUGAUGAGAUGCGUGAACGGGAUGUUGAGUCUUGGACUGCGCUUGUUAAGGGGUGGAUAGAUAAAGGGUACAGCCGUGACGGUAUUAGAUUGUAUAGCGAAAUGCGGAAAGAUGGUGUCAAGCCGAAUGGACAAACUUUGAUGAGUGUCUUGAAAGGUUGUUUAGAGUGCUUGGAAUUGGAUAUUGUGUCACAGUUGCAUGUAGAAGUCAUUAAACUCGGGGUCUUUUCGGAUAUGUUUGUUGGGCCUGCUCUUGUUGACCUUUAUUCAAAAUGUGGGGAGAUGGAGCUUGCAAGCAUGGUGUUCUUUUGCAUUUCUGAGAAAAGUGCUGUGUCAUGGAAUGCUUUGCUUGAUGGAUAUGCUCAGACAGGUGACUGGGAAGAGAUUCUGAAAUUGUUUUGUGCAAUUAGAGAAUUAGAAUUGAAGUAUGAUAAGUUCACCUUAUUAGCUGUCGUUAAGAGUUGUGCACACUUGGGAAAUUUGAGAGGGGGGCAGGCAGUGCAUGCUCUGGCUAUCAAGAUGGGUAGUGAGUUUGAUAAAUUUCUGAUUUGUUGCAUUCUUAAUAUGUAUUCAAAGUGUGGGUUGCCAGACUAUGCACUCAAAGUCUUUGAGAGGAUCAAAAAUCCCAAAAUAGUGGCCUGGAGUACAAUGAUCAAUUGCCUUGAUCAGCAAGGACAGAGCGAAGAGGCAGCGGAGAUGUUUUGCCUAAUGAGACGUAGAGAUGUUACACCAAAUGAGUAUACUCUUGCUAGUAUCGUCAGUGCUGCUACCAGUCUAGGUAACUGGCAGUAUGGUGAAAGUAUUCAUGCUUGUAUAUAUAAAUACGGUCUUGAAUCUGAUAAUUUCAUCAGCAGUGCACUUGUUACAAUGUACAUGAAAACUGGAUGUGUGCAUAAUGGUUGGCAGGUUUUCAAUACUAUGAAUGUUCGAGAUAUAGCUUCGUGGAACGCCCUUUUAUCUGGAUUUCAUGAUAACAAAACUUCUGAUCAGGGGCCAAGAAUCCUCAAAGACAUGCUUGUGGUAGGUUUCAAACCUGAUAUCUACACGUUUAUCAGCAUUUUAAAAUCUUGUUCCAACAUCUUGGAUGUAGAUUUUGGUAAGCAAGCACAUACCCAUAUCAUAAAAGAUGGCUUUUGCAGUAAUAGAUCCAUAGGAACUGCUCUGAUUGACAUGUAUUUCAAAUGCUGGUGCUUAGAAGAUGCAGAUAUACUUUUGAAUGAACUGACUGAAAGAGACCUCUUGACUUGGACAGUCAUCAUAUCUGGUUAUGUACAAACCAAUCAAGGGGAGAAGGCUGUUAAGUGCUUCAGUCAGUUGCAACGAGAAGGCUUGAAGCCCAAUGCAUACACUCUCUCCUGCUGUUUAAGUGGUUGCUCCAGUUUAGGAUUGCUCGACAGUGGCCGGCAGCUCCAUUCCUUGGUUACAAAAUCCGGAUUGUACAGCUCCACGUAUAUUGCUACUGCACUUAUUGAUAUGUAUGGGCAAUGUCGAUGCAUAGAAGACGCUGAGGCCAUUUUUAAGAGCAUGACUUCUCGGAAUGCAGUCUUGUGGAACACAAUCAUACGUGGAUACUCACUAAAUGGGCAAGGAAAGAAGGCUCUCGAGGCUUUUAGGAUAAUGUUAGAUGAAGGGGUUCUGCCUGAUGAGAUUACUUUUAUAGGAGUUCUUUCUGCGUGCAGCCACUUGGGUUUGAUUGAAGAAGGGGAAAAGCAUUUUAACUCAUUGAGCAAGGACUAUGGAAUCACUCCUACUAUUGAGCACUAUGCUUGUAUGGUCAAUAUCCUUAGUCGGGCAGGCAAAUUUAGUAAGGUUCAAAGCUUUGUUGAGAAGUGGGAGCUUACCCAGAAUGCCUUGAUUUGGGAGACUAUUCUUUGGGCCUCUAAAAUGCAUGGAAAUGUGGAAGUUGCUGAAAGAGCUGCAGAGAAACUAUUUGAGCUUGAAACCGAUAUGGACUAUAAUUAUGUAAUGUUAUCUCAUAUUUUUGCUACCAAAGGAAGGUGGGAUGAUGUUGUGAAGGUUAGGACAUUGAUGUCCAAUCUAGGAAUCAAGAAGGAACCAGCGUGUAGCUCCCUGGUGAUUGAUGCUCAAGCCCAGAAGUUCUUUGCUCAUGAUCUGUCACAUCCAAAGAUAAAGGAAAUCUGUCUAUAUUUGGAGGGGCUGACAAGAUGA